GCACUUGAUUUCCUCCAUUAUUACUAUAGUCGGUUUUUAGCUAACUUGUCCAAUAUUUUAAUUGCCAUGUCUGAUCAAAUUGCUCCAGUUGAUCCAAAUGUCGAUCCUUAUGGAUACUUGGGCAUUAUUCCUAACACUGAUGGCUCUAUCACACGUUUGCAAAUUCCAACUCCUCCAUUUUCCACCACUAUUCUUGAUAAUGAUUCCUCUGUAGUAUACAUGAAAGAUUUUGUUAUUAACCCCACUAAAGGCACGAUAGCUCGUAUUAUCAUCCCUCGUGAAGUACUAAACUCUGAAAAUAAACUCCCUCUUGUAGUAUAUUUUCAUGGUGGAGGAUUCGUAAUGGAAGUUACUGUAGACAAACCAAUCUUACAAAAGUUUUAUGCAACACUCGCUGUCGAAAUUCCAGCCAUAAUUGUAUCGGUCGAUUAUCGAUACGCCCCCGAAAAUCGACUCCCAGCAGCGUACGAUGAUUGUGUGGAAUCGUUGUAUUGGAUCAAAAAUACCCCCGACGAGCUGUUGAAAAGAUAUGCUGAUUUGUCCAAAUGUUUUCUCUUAGGUACUAGUGCUGGUGGCAACAUAGCCUACAAUGUAGGAUUACGUGUGUCUGAAGUUAGUGAAUCCCUUAAGCCUUUAGAAAUCAAAGGGUUGAUACUGCAUCAUGCUUUUUUUGGUGGGAAUGAAAGGACAAAAUCGGAAUUAAGAUUAGCCCGCGAUAAGAUAUUGUCCCUUAAUUUGAGCGACAUUCUGUGGGAGUUAGGAUUGCCUAUAGGUAGUGAUCGUGAUCAUCCGUAUAGUAAUCCGAUGGUGGAGAUUCAAUCAAAUGAAAAUUUCUUUGAUCAAGUAAAAAUACUAGGUUGGAAAAUUCUGAUAAUUAACUGCGACGGUGAUCCUUUGAUCGAUCGACAAAUUGAGGUUUCGAAGGUGUUGAAGGAAAAAGGGGUGCAAGUAGUGGAUAGUUUUAGUGAAGGAGGGUUUCAUGGCUGUGAGUUUUUUGAUGACAUGAAGUUAAAGGACAUGACCCUUGUUGUAAAGGAGUUUGUAAGAGCUUAAAUGGAGAACUUGUGGCAAGUGAUCUUUUCAUGAAAUAUUUGUAAUAAUUAUGACAAUAAGAGCUAUACGUGGAGAAAAGAGAAAGAAUUAUUUAGAUAUUGAUUUUUAGAGUUUCAAAUAAUUAGUAGCAAAGUAUUGCUCUUAUUAUAUAUUAAAGUUCAAUAAAUUGGAACAUGCAUAAAUUUUCGAAGUCCCUUCA